UUGGAUACCCAGGUAAUGACUACAACAAGUUGGGUCCAAAACCAACAGCAUUCUCGAUGGCUCAAUUGUUGUCUUCAGAAUAUAUAUCCAGAGCCUUAUCGACACCAGGUAACGAAAGCGAACACGUCACGCUCGUGCCGCGCGCUGCCGAGAGACAUGGGCGUGCAGCGUCUGCUGAAGCUGAGGAUGGCGUCCCACUCCCGCCCCGCCGUGGCUCCCUCCGCGCGCCCGCUCUCAUCCCUCCUCCUCGUCCCCGCGCGGCCUCGGCCAGGCCCGCUCUCGUGCGCGGCGCGGCCGUGCCGGGACCACGCCGCGUCCGCUCGCCCGCGCGGCGUGGCGGCGAUGUCGUCGCCGACGACGCCGCCGGGGCCGGGGCCCGUGCAGAAGUCGGAGGAUGAGUGGGAGGCCAUCCUCACGCCGGAGCAGUUCCGCAUCCUCCGCCUCAAGGGCACCGAGUACCCUGGAACGGGUGAAUAUGACAAGUUCUUUGGCGAGGGCAUUUAUGAAUGUGUUGGGUGUGGAACUCCCUUGUACAAAUCAUCUACAAAGUUCAACUCAGGGUGUGGCUGGCCAGCAUUCUAUGAGGGAUUUCCUGGGGCCAUAAGACGGACGCCGGACCCUGAUGGGAGGCGGAUAGAGAUCACGUGUGCUACCUGUGGAGGACAUCUUGGGCAUGUAUUCAAAGGGGAGGGGUUUAACACGCCGACAGACGAGCGACAUUGUGUUAACAGCAUUUCGCUCAAAUUCAUUCCAGCCUCUGAGGAAGCCUGACGGUAGAUGAACACCAAGAUGAAACCCCACAACAAAAUAAGCUUGGCCUCUGUUGGCUGCUCUUGCGACGGAUAGUGACUAGUGAGAUCGAAGCUAGUAUUCUUCUGGUAAUAAUUUCUUAACAUAUCUGUAAUGUUUUGUCAAUAAUCUUCAAUCCCAAGUGGUGAUCUUGUCGAUGAGUCAAUAAACUUCUACAGUGAAUGAUUACAUGUGCAAUUCCAGCCCUACCGUUUUACC